CAGGUGGACUGUCAUUGGCCGCCCGCGUCAGGCCAUACCGGUGGUCUGUGCUGGGGCCCGCGGGUCGGGGCCAAAGCCUGUGAGGUUACCGGGGCCUCCAAGGCUGGCGGCGAGGAAGGACCAGAUGGCCUUCGAGGAUGUGGCUGUGUACUUCUCCCAGGAGGAGUGGGGGCUCCUGGACACAGCCCAGAGGGCCCUGUACCGCCGUGUGAUGCUGGACAACUUUGCACUUGUGGCCUCGCUGGGACUCUCCACCUCUCGACCUCGUGUGGUCAUCCAACUUGAGCGUGGCGAGGAGCCCUGGGUUCCCAGCGGAACGGACACGAUCCUGUCCAGGAACACCUACAGGAGGCGCAACCCUGGUUCCUGGAGUUUGGCAGAGGAUGGAGAUGUUUCUGGAGAAUGGCCACGAGCUUUCCCAGAUACCCUAUCUGGGAUGACUACUAGCAUCUUCCCAGUUGCCAGUGCCUACCACAGUGUAAAAAACCUGCAGCGACAACGGGGUGCCUCCCCAUCUCGGGAGAGAAAACCCACAGGGGUGUCGGUGAUCUACUGGGAGAGACUCCUGCUAGGCUCGGGUAGUGGGCAAGCCAGUGUCAGCCUGCGACUGACCUCCCCGCUUAGGCCUCCCGAGGGCGGCCAGCUUAGGGAAAAGACCCUCACAGAGCACCCGGUGCCUGGGAGGCAGCCCAGGACCCCUGAGCGGCAGAAGCCAUGUGCACAGGAGGUCCCUGGGAGAGCCUUCGGGAAUGCCCCGGAUCUGCAGGCCGCCAGCGGUCGGGGGCAUCAUGGAAUGGGUCCGACUUGGCAGGAGCCUCAGAGACUCCUCGGUGGC